GACUGGGUAAACGCGUGCGCAAGUUUUUGACCUCACAGGCGUACCGUAGAUGAGCUGACGCACGGAGUCUGCGCAUGCUCGUGGGUGAGCUGGUGUCUGUAGUGAGUUCCGGUUGUUCUGUAUCUGUGCAAAGAUGUCGGGGGGUCCAGCGGUGAAUAUCAGCAUCGAGUCUUCCGCCGAGAAGCAAGUGCAGGAGGUGGGGCUGGAUGGCUCCGAGACCUACGUGCUGCCUCUGUCCAUGUCCCAGAACCUGGCCCGGCUGGCUCAGCGCAUUGACUUCAGUCAGGAGUCCGGGGAGGAGGAGGAGGGGGAAGCGCUCCGGGAGCCCGAGUGGGCGGAGCAGGAGGAAGAGGAAGGUAAUGGGGAAUGUUUAGUAAAGUUCCAGCCGUCUCUGUGGCCCUGGGACUCUGUAAGGAACAAUCUGCGUAGCACCCUCACUGAGAUGUGUGUCCUCUAUGAUGUCCUGAAUAUAGUGAAGGAGAAGAGAUACAUGCACCUGGAUCCUGUCUCCCAAGAGGCACUCCCUGCCAAGCCGAAUCAGCAUGGUCUGCUGUUGGUUUCUAAGAAGAAGUCCUUGGCUGCAGCUGCACAGAUCCUUCUUAAAGGCGCAGAGAGGUUGUCCAAAUCAGUCGCAGAAAACCAAGAGAACAAGCGGCAGAGGGACUUCAAUUCUGAAUUACUGAGACUGCGACAGCACUGGAAACUGAGGAAGUUGGGGGACAAAAUUCUGGGAGACCUGAGUUAUCGUAGCGCCGGCUCUCUCUUUCCUCAUCAUGGUACUUUUGAAGUCAUAAAAAACACAGACAUAGACUUGGAUAAAAAGAUGCCAGAGGAUUACUGCCCUCUUGAUGUCCACAUCCCUAGUGAUCUGGAAGGGUCGGCUUAUCUCAAGGUUUCGAUUCAAAAGCAAGCUCCGGACAUAGGUGACCUUGGAACGGUUAAUCUUUUCAGGCGUCCUUUGCCGAAGGCAAAACCAGGCACCCCACACUGGCAGACCCGACUGGAAGCCGCACAGAACGUGCUCCUGUGUAAGGAGAUCUUUGCCCAGUUGUCCCGUGAAGCUGUUCAGAUCAAAUCCCAAAUCCCUCACAUUGUCGUCAAAAACCAAAUCAUCUCCCAGCCGUUUCCCGGGUUACAGUUGUCCAUUUCCCUGUGUCACUCCUCGAAUGACAAGAAGUCCCAGAAAUCCAACAAUGAAAAGGUGGGGGCGGAAGAUCAUCUGUAUGUCCUGGAGCACAACCUGCACCAGCUGAUCAGAGAGUUUCAUGCGCAGACUUUAAGUAACAACGUGAUGCCCCACCCUGCCAGUGCCCCCUUUGGCUACAAGAGAAUGCGUCUAGCAGGGCCGCAGGCCUUUGAUAAGAAUGAUAUUGGUUCCAUGCAGCAAAGUGAAGGUCUGCUGGAGAAAAUCAUCAAACAAGCCAAACACAUCUUCCUUAGGCGCAGAACUGCCCGGACUAUUGACAGCCUUGCCAGCCGAAUUGAAGAUCCCCAAAUCCAGGCCCAUUGGUCCAGUAUUAACGACGUGUACGAGUCCAGUGUGAAAGUUUUAAUCACAUCUCAGGGCUACGAACAGAUCUGCAAGUCUAUUCAACUGCAGCUGAACAUGGGGGUGGAUCAGAUCAGAGUGGUACAUCGGGAUGGCCGAGUCAUCACAUUGUCCCACCAAGAACAAGAGUUGCAGGAUUUCCUCCUGUCACAGAUGUCACAGCACCAGGUUCUGGCCGUUCAGCAGUUGGCGAAAGUGAUGGGCUGGCACUUGCUGAGCUUCAGUAAUCACGUUGGACUUGGCCAAGUAGAAACCAUUGGAAAUGCAUCUUCAAUCACAGUGACCUCUCCUAAUGGAGACUAUGCGAUUUCUGUGAGGAACGGGCCUGAGAGUGGCAGCAAGGUGAUGGUGCAGUUCCCUCGGAAUCAGUGCAAGGAUCUGCCCAAGGGGGACGUCAUGCAGGAGAAUAAGUGGCAGUAUCUCCGGGGACCCUUCAAAGAAGUUCAGUGGAACAAAAUGGAAGGAAGGAAUUUCGUCUACAAGAUGGAGUUGUUAAUGGCAGCCAUGACGCCCUGCUAGGAUGUGCCCCCCUAUAAGCACCGCUAUAUUAAUGUACCCCAUGAAACACUUGGCAGCAGCCACUCACUACUAUUUCCUUCAAAUAAAUAUUUCUUUUUUUUUUUCAA